AUGACUUUUAUGCUAAUGUUCAAGGAGACUGAUGAUACUUGGUGCAUUAUGCGGAGGCCUUCAAGAUUCACUCAUGGGAGCCGGCAAUCCAGAUCGGUCCAGCUCUGCCGAGUCACCACGCUGGUCGUUGGCUUGCUCGUUUGCGGCAUCUAUGCCCGGUUUUUGUGGCCUUCUUCCACUGAAAGGGAGGAUGCUGACCACGACAUCCGGACAGAAAUGACUGAGAGCAACGUCUCAGCCGAGAAGAUCCAGACGCCCCAGCAGAAGCUGUGGUUGACGAUUGGGAUUCCCACGGUGCCGCGGCGUAAUGACAUUGACUACCUAAUGACCACGGUGGAAGCCUUGCUGCAGGAGCUUCCUUCAACAUUGGACGCCCCGCUGUAUGCCAAGGUUCGAGUGAUUGUUAUGAACAACAAGAAGGGCAAGCACGUUGUGUUCGAAAGAGCCAAGACGCGGUACCAGAACGCGGGCACUGAUGUGCUCCUUUCCCGUGCCAUUGCGGCAUCCCACAUUGAGUUCGUCGACAACCCGGGAGACUUCGUAGAUCCCUUCAAGGGAAAGAUCGAAGAGCCAGACGACCUCAACAACCCGUCCUCCCGGCCUGGCAGUGCGGUGCGGCAGCAGACAUGCGACCUGAUCACGCUUAUGGAGGAGGCGCUUCGGAGACCCUCCGACUAUUACAUGUUUAUGGAGGACGAUUUCCGGACGUGUGGAAAGGCUCUAGAGGCGACGAAGUACGCCAUUGGGCUCGCCACGGAGAUGAGCCCCAGCUGGCUGGCUAUGCGCGUGUCGUACGGCAUGAACGGCAUUGUGAUGCGGUCGCGGGACCUGCCGCCCUUCUCCGACUUCCUGCGGGAGCACCUGGCGCGCCUGCCGCCUGAUCUCCUCUGGACGGGUUACCUGGACGGGCGCACGUACGACAAGCCCGAGGAGGACACGCGCGUGAACCGGGGCCCGCUCAUGGUGUUCAAGCACAACCUGUUUGACCACAUCGGGACGGUCUCCUCGUUCGAAGUGCGACCAGACCGGCCGAAGUGGCCGGGUUGUUACGAGUCUAUGGCAAACGUCUGGUCGUUGCAAGAGCACGAGCGAUUCGAUCCACGGUGCGACGAGUUUGACGUCUCCCCGUGCAUCGGAUUGACCACGGACUCAAAGGCCGCUCUGAUAUACAAGGGCGGGCAUUCUUUCCAGCCUCCUUAAGCUUGUCGACCUUUAGUCGAGAAAUGAGCACACGCUAUCCGCAGAUUCGCAAGAGGAUAUCAGGGGGUUUGCCCCUAGUCAGAUACUUGGUUGAGAGCUCGGUUGAUCAAUUCGAUCAAUUAUUGCAGCCUCAUCGGUUCUUUGCGCAAUCGUCAGGUUAACUGCUAAGUCUUUCAGUUUACUGCGGGCUUCUAUGAACAUACGUAAGUUCCCCUCGCUCUCGAAUCCGUCAAAGUCAGUUGCCUGAUUGGACUUGUUGACUUGGUAGAUCCCUGCAGUUGAACUGACGUUCCAUAAAAUGGGGAAAGCUAGAGCUAUAGCCAAUUGCUCGGACCAAAAAAAAGCGAUCUCAAAAUCAGAGAGCUUAUGUACGCCACCGGACGAUUGAAUAUGAAUGGCAGAGCCAAUACUGCUAGCUAGUCACGAGCAAUCUAAGACAUGCAGUUACAGCCGCUAGUUCAAAAUCGACAACAUAAGAUCAUCGAAUGUGUGCGUCAGGGGAAGCCUAUCGGGCGCUGGCCGUGCACUGGCUACCGUCAGCCUUACUACGAUCAGCCUGGGCCCGUAAUAGCAUCGCAAUCGAUUCAGUCGCAUCAUGGUCUUACUUCACUGGACCAUGGUUGAGCAGUUGCCAGGAGCUAGGUUUGGACUAAUGUAGCACACGAAGAUUUGGGAGGGUAUAGAUAGGCUUACAGAACGCAAACAUUUAUGACCAU